AUGGCACUGGACUUUGAGAAUCAACAAUCUGCGAGCAGGAGGAAACGCAAAAGAACCAAAAGAGACCUUUCUCCUAAUGAGAAAGUAGAGGUAAGGAGUGAGGAAGAUGGAUUUCAGGGCUCAUGGCACCCGGGAACUGUGAUUGCAUUUAGUAGGCAAGGGUUGGACUUGAAAUAUGAAGUUAAAUACAAUCAUAUACUUACUGCUGACGAGUCUGACUAUCUUGUUGAUCAAGUGUGUGUUUCCCUUCCCGUUGAUGACACUGAUUGUGCCAAUGCAAACCGGUGUAACUAUCGUGGCCUCAUUAGGCCAGCACCACCGACGUUUCAGUUUGGCAAAUAUGGUCUUCCUUAUGGAAUGUGUGUGGAUGUGCAUUACCAAGAAGCUUGGUGGGAAGGUGUGAUUUUUGAUCACGAGGAUGGUUCAGAGGAGAGGAAGGUAUUUUUCCCUGAUUUGGGCGAUGAAAUGAUGGCAAGUAUCAGUAAGGUAAGGAUUACUCAGGAUUGGAAUGAAGUCGAUGAGACUUGGGGGCAACGUGGGACCUGGUUGUUUCUUGUGGUGAUUGAGGAAUACGAACAAAAACAAUAUAUUCCUGUUUCCAUAAAACAACUUUGGUAUGAUAUGCGAGAGAAAGAUAGUUUUGAGAAGCUUGGAGAGUGGACUUCUACCGUGAAAGCUUUGUGGAGAGACUUGGUAUUGGAGGCAAUUGAUGAUAACCUUAAACUAGUGGUGAAUCAUCUUUUGCAGGUGAUAGGCAUUCCAGAGGCUACACAGCAGGCAUUGCAGAUCGCUAAACCUGUUAAUGAUGUUAACAUGCACUGGAAAGAAGGUCUGGUUGAGACUCAUGACAUAAUAACAGUUGAAAAUUCACCAAAUGAUGAUUUGCUGUUGAAUCCUAGCUGUCCUGAUGUUGAAUCCACUCUUGACGGGCUCGUGCCAAAAUUUUCCUGUGAUGAUAAACCAGCUGUGUGUAUGCAGCCUCAGACUUUUUUCACCUUGCCUUCUAACCUGGAUGGAAUUCCUGUUCUCAGUUCUAUAAUCAGCGAUGAAGGAUUUUCUAACUCCAAUUCCAAUAAACUCAAUUGGUCAUCUUCAGGUUCAACAUGCUUCCAAAGGGGUUGGUUACCUGCUGGCUCAGACAUAGUUCCUGGACCUGAAUUUUGCCCAGAUGCCAUUAUCAAAUAUGCACAAAUGGGUGACGAAAGGCCCAGGAGCACUCUAAUCAAUGAUGUGAGGAAGCAUCUUUUACAUCAGAAGUGGAAAAUUGAAUUCAUGAGAGAUAAAGGCAUGCCUAGACUGCGUUACACCUCACCCGAUGGGAAGCUGUACUAUUCUCUUCGCCAGGUUUGUCUAAAUUUUAGUGAAACUGACAGAGGGAUUCUUUCUACACCCUCUGAAGGUAAGCAGAGCAGUUUGCAUACUUCUCGUGGUGAUUCAUCUUCUCAUAUUGAGCAACCACCAGAGAAUUGGGAUCCUUAUUGUAGCUCUAAAGCUGUGAGUUCUUCUAAUUCUGAAGUGGUUGUUUAUGAACCUGAAUAUUGUCCUGAAGCAAUUGUGGAGUGGUGUAAUCGCUGGUGUAAGCAUGGAUCUGGGAAGAGAUCCUGGGGAAAGCUUAAAAAAGCUGAUAUGGCACUAAGAGCUAGGAAGCAUCUUGCAGCCCUGGGAUGGGUGUUUGGCCGUAAAACAUUUAAUGGGAGGAGUCUACUUUACCAUCGUUCUCCAAUGGGGAGGACAUACUGGUCACUACGACAAGCCAUCAAAGACAAUUUGGAUGAAGGAGCUGAUAUUUCUAGAGAUAUGGAAACGGAAAAUGUCAGUGACAUAGUUGAGGGACAGUUUUCUUGUGAAAAACUAUCUUCUGCAAUUUGUAGAAUGGAUAUUCAGAAGUUAAAAAACUGUUCUAAAGAGUCUUUUCACAUAUCACAGUCCAGAAAACAUCACGAGCUGUACAAAAUAAAUGUUCAAACGACUAGAAAGGCACGAAGGAAAAGAAAGGAUGGUUUACAUGUUGAAACCCAUUCAGAUGCCCAAAACACAAGCUGCCCAAAGUCAAUAAGUAGGAUUCCAUCUGGAGUUUCGAUUAAAUUACAAAAUGAUAAGAAACAUACUAAGAGGGUUCGUGUGCUACGAUCAAGCAAAAGAGUGCAGCGUGUGGUAGCUCCUGACCCAUCACAUCAUAAACCUCGAACUGUGUUGUCUUGGUUGAUAGACAAUAAUAUUGUAUUGCCAAGGACAAAAGUACAUUACGGUAGCCGAAAGGACAGAGAUCGAGCUGUGGAAGGGCGCAUAACUCGUAGUGGGAUCAAGUGCAGUUGUUGCGGGAAGGUUUACACCCUUAGUGGCUUUGAACUUCAUGCUGGCAGCAAAUCCGGCACGUCAGCUACUAGCAAAUACUGCAAGCCAGCUGCCAGCAUCUUUCUAGAUGAUGGGAGGUCUCUGCUAGAAUGCCAGAGACAAAUGAUGCAUGACGAGAAGAUGAAUAAUCGCAAGGCAAAAACACCUUAUAUUUUGAAAAGAAGUUGGGAUCAAGAUGAGAAUGAUAAUGAUGUUCCGGGAAUAAUGGAACAGAUGAAUGGGAGCAUUAUCCUAAAGAAAAUUGGUUUUGCAGCAAAAAAUGCAAAGCGCCUUGUUUAUGGUUUUCUGGAAACUCCUAAGGCAGAAUUCAUGCUAAUGGCUUCUGAAUCAGCUGGUUUUGUUUUGCAUAUAGCUGGUUUUGAUUCCAUUUUAGAUGAAGCUGAAGAGUCAAUAUUUUUGGGCCUCCAAAAGCUUCUUGGAAAACCAAUUCCAGUGGGUGUGGACAAUCUUACUUGGACAUUAUUCAAGUCUAUGCAGUCUGAUAAUCAUAAACUUGAUGAUUAUGAUGAUGAGACCCUGGUUGAGACCUACAGCAAGCUCAACAUCGCACUGGAUGUGAUGCAUGAAUGUUUCGAGCCUGUUGAGGAAUCUUGCACCAGGAGGGAUCUUAUGCAAGAUGUUAUUUUUAGUAUUGGGUCGGAACUUAACCGUUUGAACUUUCAGGGGUUCUACACCAUACUUUUGGAGAAGAAUGAUGAAUUAGUUACUGUGGCUACUGUAAGGAUUUAUGGAGACAAUGUGGCAGAAAUACCACUUGUUGGUACUAGAUUCCAAUAUCGGCGACUUGGAAUGUGUCGCAUACUAAUGGAUGUGCUUGAAAAGAAGCUCAUGGAAUUAGGAGUCCAGAGACUGGUUUUGCCUGCAGUUCCUGGUGUCCUAAGCACAUGGACUGGUUCAUUUGGGUUUUCAAAGAUGAAGGAUUCAGAAAGAUUGCAGUUUUUAGAUUAUACUUUCUUGGAUUUUCAGGACACUGUCAUGUGCCAGAAACCAUUAAUGAAGUUGCCUUCUGCUCAAACAAGCCCAUCGAAAGAAAUCCAACCUACAGUUCUUGAUUAUGUUUAUGGGAGUGGUAAAAGCAUUGGUGUCAAUGGAUCUAGUCCUGUCUCUGAAGUACUGCAAACAGAUCAAAAUGAGGAUGGCGGAAUCAUGGAACAAGGACCAGUGGAUGUUGCUGCAAGCAGUACUAGCGAUGGCAUCAAAAGGCCAGUUCAUCAAGCAGUUGUGGUUAACCAACCAAAUCAUCCUGAAUGUGAACCCUGCAAUAGCAAAAUCAAUGAGUCCUCGGUUGAGGGUUCUGCUUUUAAGAAGGAAGGUAGGGUUGGUGAUAGUGGUUCAAGCAUUCUUAAACGUGAAAGAUUGUUUAGUAAAGUGGGUAACUUGAAGUGUUACCAAAGAAGAAAGACAUUAGCCCGUCAGAACUGA